ACCAGAAGCUCACAUGAAAGCUUAAACCGACACAGACGCUCCGAAAAUGUAAGCUAAUGAGUGUAUGCCUUUCUUUUUUGUAGUCAUUUUUUCCUAACACUAACACACAGUUGAAGUAUUCGGCGGUGAGCUCUUCUCCACAAUGUUAGCUGUCGUGCGUAGCACUCCUAGGUUAACUUGAACGUGUUGGACCAAACAUUCUUCAGUGCAUGGACGCAAAACCAAUGCGCAGGGCCACCAGCGCACGUCAGGACGCCACUGGAAUGGACAUCACAAGCCGCUGUACUCUGGGGGACCCCAACAAGCUCCCUGAAGGGGUCCCCCAGCCAGCACGCAUGCCCUACGUCUCAGACAAGCACCCACGACAGACCCUGGAAGUGAUCAACCUGCUGAGAAAACACCGGGAGCUUUGUGACGUAGUGCUGGUGGUAGGUGCCAAGAAGAUCUAUGCUCACCGUGUGAUCCUGUCUGCCUGCAGCCCUUACUUCAGGGCAAUGUUUACUGGAGAGUUGGCAGAAAGCAGGCAGACUGAAGUUGUUAUCCGUGACAUUGACGAGAGAGCCAUGGAGCUGCUCAUUGACUUUGCAUACACCUCACAGGUAACUGUAGAGGAGGGGAACGUCCAGACACUGCUCCCUGCAGCCUGCCUUCUCCAGCUGGCUGAGAUCCAGGAGGCCUGCUGCGAGUUUCUCAAGAGGCAGCUGGAUCCAUCCAACUGUCUGGGCAUCAGGGCCUUUGCUGACACACACUCCUGCCGGGAACUGCUGCGAAUUGCAGACAAGUUCACACAGCACAAUUUUCAGGAGGUAAUGGAAAGUGAAGAGUUCAUGCUGCUGCCUGCCAACCAGCUCAUUGACAUCAUCUCCAGUGACGAGCUUAACGUGCGGAGUGAGGAGCAGGUUUUCAAUGCUGUUAUGGCCUGGGUGAAAUACAGCAUUCAGGAACGCAGACCCCAGCUACCCCAGGUCCUUCAGCAUGUCCGCUUGCCGUUACUGAGCCCCAAGUUCCUGGUCGGUACUGUUGGUUCAGAUCCUCUCAUCAAAAGUGAUGAAGAGUGCAGAGACCUAGUAGAUGAGGCUAAGAAUUACCUGCUACUACCACAAGAGAGGCCGCUGAUGCAAGGCCCCAGAACCCGACCGAGAAAACCCAUCCGGUGUGGGGAGGUUCUUUUUGCAGUUGGUGGUUGGUGCAGCGGAGAUGCCAUUUCCAGCGUGGAGCGAUACGACCCACAGACCAAUGAAUGGCGGAUGGUCGCGUCGAUGAGUAAGAGACGUUGUGGAGUCGGGGUUAGCGUCUUGGAUGACUUACUGUAUGCGGUGGGAGGUCAUGACGGUUCAUCGUACCUCAACUCCGUGGAAAGAUAUGAUCCUAAGACCAACCAGUGGAGCAGUGAUGUGGCGCCCACCAGUACUUGUCGUACCAGCGUUGGUGUCGCUGUGCUCGGUGGAUAUCUGUAUGCUGUCGGAGGACAGGAUGGGGUUUCCUGUCUCAACAUAGUUGAAAGGUAUGAUCCUAAAGAGAAUAAAUGGACUCGGGUGGCCUCCAUGAGCACCAGGCGACUGGGUGUAGCUGUUGCUGUGCUGGGAGGAUUUCUUUAUGCUGUAGGAGGAUCUGAUGGGACGUCGCCAUUAAAUACAGUGGAACGCUACAACCCUCAAGAAAACCGCUGGCACACUGUGUCUCCCAUGGGAACUAGGAGAAAACACCUUGGCUGUGCAGUCUACCAGGACAUGAUUUACUCUGUUGGAGGGAGAGAUGAUACCACAGAGCUGAGCAGUGCAGAGCGAUACAACCCCAGGACCAACCAGUGGUCUCCUGUAGUGGCUAUGACAUCAAGACGGAGUGGGGUGGGCUUGGCUGUAGUGAACGGUCAGCUGAUGGCAGUUGGAGGCUUUGAUGGGACAACGUAUCUAAAAACUAUAGAAGUCUACGACCCAGACGCCAACACAUGGAGGUUGUAUGGAGGAAUGAACUACCGCCGGUUAGGUGGAGGGGUAGGCGUCAUUAAAAUGACUCACUGUGAAUCUCACAUAUGGUAACGCCACCUCCUACCUCUCCCGCUGUCACACACUUUCACCUCCCAUCAAGUUGCAGUGGAUGCUUCUUUUCACUGAUUCUCGCGCCUCCAAAAGGGAUCAUAUGAUGCAAGCGAGGAUGAAAUGACUGUGGUGGUGGGGAAGGGGUUGGGAGGCGAUCCAGAAAAGAGGGACAAAUGUCUGAACAUGAGUUCAUCCUUGACCCCCACUCAAAAGGCCAUUAACUUUACCAUGUUUGUCUUUACUGACGAAUUAUGAUCACCAUGAAGUGCACCGAGAGCAGAAGGUGACAAACCUCGUAAAGCUUCCAUUUUGGAGCACUCCCUCCUUCCUGCAGAGAACACUGUUUUCAUCCACCAAAAACUCCAUUUUGGAUUUUUUUUUGGACAGUUUGGCAUGUGUGACAGGUGGAGCUCACCAUGACUAUGAAUGGAGGAGAUAUCUUACCACUGAGGUUCGGAGGAUCUAAGAAGUUGAAAAUCAUCAGUUAACCAGAAGAAGGUUACUUUCAGCCACCAAAACCCUUUUUACCAGGAAACACAGCAAGAAAUAUUGACUGUCAGAGGAAAAUCUAUGUGUCUCAUUUACUUCUGGCUUUGAAUCAUACAUCCCAACUGUGGUUGCAAAAUUUGGGUCUGCCAGUUUCCAUGUGAAGAGAGCAUCACAGGUCUUAAUGGGCUAAGAAACAGGGCCCUGUGUGUAGCAUUUAACAGCUAAAAUGAUCAAGCAGUUUCCUUUUGAAGGCAUCUCAAUCACCACAGAGACAAAUUAUAAUUCAUUUCACCAAAAUGAUCUCCAGGUAGGAUUGUUUGCAGGACAAUGAUGAGCAUUGAAUGAGACUGUAGCUGUUACUUUGGAACUUUUAGGAUUUGACUUGAGACAGUGGAACUAGAGAAAUAUACUUCACCCUUUUACAGAAAAUAAAAAACAAAACCAUCCAGUCAGGUUGGUGUUUUAAUGCUGGCUCCAUCGCAUAAUCAAAAAGGCAGAAGUGUGCAUCAAACAGACUUAUGUUAAUAGCUGUAAAGGGCAAAACUCAAACAUGUCUGCAUCACUACGUAGCCCACCACUCCAACAAGUCUCUUUUUUUGUGACUUUGUUUGAAAAGUUUAUUUUUUUUCCUCUACAAAAGUUGUACCCUGGACACUGCUGUUGCAAAAGAGUUUGAUCCACCAGAACCUUUUUGGACAUGGGAUGGGGGGUGUUCAUGGAGUCUGCUUUACCUUAAAAGGUGAAAAUGUCUAUGUUAACAGAUAAAGCUGCCAGUUUGUUACUGUUGAGAAACUUAAAGAAAAGACAGAAAUCAGAAAAUGUUACUUAACCAGGAGGAAAUGAUGUUACUUUGGGCUGCUUUCAGCGGUAGGACAACACACAGUCGGUGCCGUAGUGAGGUAUUAAUGGCAGCAGGAUUCAGUCAAAACAACUAGUUCAUGUGAAAGGAGCUUCAUGUUACAGUGUGAUUCAUGUCUUUUUUUUUUUUGUUUUUAGUAGUUUUUAUAGAAUAGUGAAACAGAAUUAUAAACAUUGAAUUUGUUGACAGCAAGUAAAAAUAAAAUAACAUCACACUUGCCUGGCAGAAGGAAACAAGAACUGUUCAUAAAGUUCAUAUUAUUGCACUAAACGUUAAAAACAAAACCAAUAAGUCUGACAGUGAAGAACUGCCUCGUAGUUCAUCCUUCUGUUUGAUCCUCUGGAUGAGGCUUGCAGUCUUGUGUCAGAUAGGACUGAUUUCUGUAGCCAAAGGAUGCUUCACUAUCCAGCUCUAAGCUAUUCCUGAUCCUUUUAUUUAGCGUUGCCAUUUUGUUACUGAACUGGUAUAGAAUUAAGCUGGUUCUCCGUUAUAUUCUUUUGAACUUGGUGUUGAUGCAUAUAACUUAAAGGAAAUGGUUGUCAGUAAAAAUUGAUAGCAUUAAUAUAAUUUUUCCCAUGUAUAUGCAUUAAGAGAGUACUAUCUACUUGGGUACUGGUCAUUGAUGUGGUAUUUGUUCACACAACCAUGCGGUUUUGAGAGUCGGGUCUUUUCUGCUCUUACAGUUCAGCCAUCACACAGUACAAUGGCACCACCUGCUGGAGAAGGAUUAAACUACAGCGCUAAUUUAUGAAAAGUGGUUCCUGAUUGUACAACUGAUUUCAGUUCAAUGUGAAACACAGGUUGAUUAGAUGAGAAAUUUGUUUAAAUUAAUCUUUUCAGAAGUUGUUGCACUGUGAUUGCAAAUGUAUUUUAGAUUUUUAGCUGUUUUUUGGGGGGGAGGGGGUUUAAUUGUUUUUAUAUAGGUCUUUCCUGAUAGAUAUGGGACUGAAGUCGGCAUGCGUGUGCUUGGAAAUCUAACGUUUCAGGCCUUGAUGCUGAGGUGGUUUAGUUUCCUACAUAGAACAUGUUUGCGUCAUAUGCAGUUUGUUACAUCUCUGGGCUUUAAAUAUUUUGUGCAGCAAACACACCCUCAGAUGUUAUACAGGCAAGUGUUAUGCAUUAUUAUGCAACAUUUUCCUUGUACAAGAAGGACCUAAUCUGAAUGUCUGUGGUAGUGUUAAGCUAUUUGUCAACUUUGAAAUUUAGUUUGCUUUAGUUCAAAAAUCCUGCCACUUGAAACCCACCCACACAAUACCAUGUGGGUGGGUUUCAAGUGGCAGGAUUUCUGUCUGUGUUCUUUCUGAAUGCAGGCCUAGACUUAAAAAAAAAAAAAAAGAAUGUUAAUGCUCACUUGAAUUUCUGCAUCUGAACGUUCUUGUUUUGUUUUUGUUUUUUUUUUUUGUUCAUGUUUUGUUAUUCCAAAGUUGACAUUUGAGGGAAGGCUUUGCAGCAUGUUAUCAUGUAAAUGGUUGUAACACAUGCUUAACAAAAAGUGAAGCUGUCUGGCCAACUGUGUCUGCCUGCUGCUUGAAAGCUAUCAGCGGAAUAUGUUUGUGUUUUCACUGCCAGGAAAUUACAUGGAGAUCACAUUAAGUUUGAGUCUGUAUAAAUUGUAACUACUUUUUGUCAAAUGCAUAUUUACCACAGACCAAUAAACCACCCUGUUUUCACUGA